AUUUUACCAGCAACAGGAAAAAAAUAAAAAAAAUAAACGGUUGGCCAGGAAAUGAGAGGCGCACUUUCGAUCCUCUCAUCCGCCACCGCCCUUCCCUCCUCAGUCGCGCCUCCCCGCCAAGACCGCCGGCGUCACCGCCAUUCCUCCUCAACCACCACUACCAAGCCCUCGCGCAACCCUAAUCCCAAGUCUAAACCCCAAUUUGCAGCUUCUCCUCUUACUUCCCACUCUCGAUGGGACGAUCAUCGAAGUCUGAGAUACUACACCGAGCUAGCCUCGAAGCACGCAGAGGAUGGGAGGUUCGAGGAUUUUCUGACGAUUAUGGAAACUGCGGUCGCCGCGGGGGUAGAAGUGUCGGAGAUUCUGGCAUUGUUAGAUGGCGAAAGCGUCGCGAACGGAGUAAUGAAAUUGAUUGACCAAGUAUAUGUUGAUUCGGCUAUUAAUACACUGUCACAUGGUGCUCGGAAGUUAGGGAUUGAGCCGGUGCAACUGUUCGAUAAAGCUGCCAUGGAGUCGCUGCGAAGAGAGUGCAGUAGGUUGUUGAAAUGCGAGAACCUGGAGCAACUCGUAAGCUUGUUGGAAACUCUUGCUGGAUUUCAAUUUCCUAUCAAAGAAUUAGCAAAGCCAUCUGAUGUCAUAAACCUUUGCAUCACCAGGAGAGAUCCUAUUGCAGCCAUAAGGUUUGCACAAAAUUUCAGUUACGCAGAAAUGUUGGUUUGUUCCAUAAUUCUUGAAUUUGGGAAGAAAAAGGAUUUGGGGUCUGCUCUUAGAGCAUUUGAAGCAUCGAAGCAAUUGAGUACUCCAAACAUGCAUGUGCUCCGCUCAAUAAUAGAUGUCUGUGGUCUUUGUGGAGACUACUUGAAGUCAAGAGUCAUUUAUGAGGAGUUGAUCGCCAGAGAUGUCAUCCCAAACACAUAUGUUUUGAAUAGUCUUAUGAAUGUAAAUGCUCACGAUCUGAACUACACUCUGGAUAUCUACCGGAAAAUGGAAAAACUUGGGGUGACAGCAGACAUUACAUCUCACAACAUAGUUUUGAAAUCAUGCUGCCUUGCUGCAAAAGUUGAACUUGCCCAAAGUAUCUAUAAGGAGAUGCAGAGAUUGGAGUCAGAAGGAGAAUUGAAACUAGAUGUCUUCACGUACAGUACAAUGAUUAAGGUCCUUGCAGAUGCCAAAAUGUGGAAAUUGGCACUAGGAAUCAAGGAAGAUAUGGCGUCGUCUGGUGUUUCUCCCAACACCAUUACGUGGUCUUCGUUGAUCAGUGCAUGUGCGAGUGCAGGCCAGGUAGAGAAAGCUAUUACGUUAUUUGAGGAAAUGCUUCAAGCUGGUGCUCAAGCCAAUUCGCAGUGCUUCAAUAUCCUUCUUCAAGCAUGUGUCGAGGUUCGCCAAUAUGAUCGUGCAUUUCGUCUAUUCCACUCCUGGAAAGAAACAGGUUUUCAACAAACAAUGACUCAGGAAGAUGCUGGAAAGGACCUAACCAGUGUUUCAAGCAGACAAUACACACACAUAGCCUCAAGAGUUCCAUUUAGGCCCACUACUUCUACAUAUAAUAUAAUGAUGAAAGCAUGCGGCACUGAUCAUCUUCGUGCCAAAGCUCUGUUAGAUGAAAUGAUCACUUUUGGUCUUUCUCCUAGUCAAAUGACCUGGUCAAUAUUGAUUAAUGUUUGCGGAGGCUCCGGAAAUUUAGCUGAAGCCAUAAAUAUAUUGAGAUUGAUGCGGCAAGCCGGUAUUCAACCUGAUGUUGUUGCAUAUACCACAGCUAUUAAGGUUUGUGUGAAACAUAAGAAUCCAAAGCUGGCAUUUUCAUUAUUUGCAGAAAUGAGGAAAUAUCACAUAAAACCAAAUAUGGUGACUUACAACACAAUUCUUCGUGCUCGGAGUAGAUAUGGUUCGCUGCAAGAAGUACAACAAUGCCUGGCUGUUUAUCAGGAAAUGAGGAAAGCAGGAUACAGACCUAAUGAUUACUAUCUCAAGCAACUGAUCGAGGAGUGGUGUGAAGGUGUGAUACAAACUGAGAAUCAAAAUGAAGCUUGGUUACCUUCCCAUACAAAAGAUUUUGGGCCUCAAAGUCUCCUGCUUGAAAAAGUUGCAGAACACCUGCAAAAUAGUAAUAAUGAAAGUCUCUCCAUUGACCUCAGAGGUCUCACAAAGGUGGAAGCUCGGAUUGUAGUUCUUGCAGUUCUGAGGAUGAUCAAAGAGAAGCAUAUUAUGGGGAAUCCAAUCCAAGAUGACGUAUUGAUCAUAUUAGGACAGCAGGAAACAAGUUGUCCUUUGUCCAAAGAUGGGAUUGGAGUUAAGGAAUCUGUUGUUCGACUCGUGGAGCAUGAUUUAGGGCUUCAGUUACGUGAAAUAAGUGGCUCGCCUCCACAAACAUCAAUGAAAUCUCCUACUAGAAGACCUAUAGUUCCACGAAGACUGAUGGUGACCAGGGAGUCAUUGCAUCAUUGGUCACGACGACGGAGUGGUGCAUCAACAAUAACAAGAUUCUAUGCCAGCAAGUAAUUGUUCAUUCUCCAUCUUCACUCUCUAAGGCAUUCUCUCAAAUUUCUCCCCCCAUUCAUUACAUUGUUCAUAUGAGCUGGGAAGUUCUUGAUGUAAUAGCAUUAUAACAAAAUAGAUAGCUGGCUAUAUGUAAUUCUUUGAUAAAAAUUGCAGAA